GAGCAUUGUGAUGACGUCACACCCAAACAGGAAACAUUUCACUACCGGGUGAUUCCAGCAGUCUGGAUUUCCAUCUCAAAACCCGUGUUUCACCCCAAAAAUGUCUCAGGAUACCUGGUUGCAGAAUUACGAUGCCACUUGUCGGCUGGCACAAGAAAUUGCUGAAAACAUCCAUGAACGCAACAGAGAGCAAAAAACAGGGGGCAACCCAGCGAAGAUAAACAUGACACUUCGGGCAUCUCUUCAGAAGCUUAAACAAAGUAUUGCCCAGCUUAAAGACAGUUUGCUGAGGGCUUCUUCGUCACGUCGCAUAAUGCAGUCAGAAGCAGACAGGCGGCAGAAUCUCAUUGAUGACCUGCUGACCAGGGAGAAACAGCUCAAUGCCACUUUUAAAGGCGAUAUCACAGAACCAGCUCCAUUCAGGUCCACCUUGAUGGCAGGAGGCGCAGGAGCAAACGACGGAGUCUCAGUCAACCCGUGGCUCAUUAAUGAAUCAGAAGAAACCAGGGGGUUGACUUUUGGAGAGAUUAAACAGCAGCAGCAACGAAUCAUAGAAGUCCAGGAUGCAGGACUAGAUGCCCUCGCAGCAGUCAUUAGCCGGCAGAAGAUAAUGGGACAGGAGAUUGGCAAUGAGCUGGAUGAACAGAACGAAAUCAUCGAUGACCUUUCGCAUCUCGUGGAUAAGACGGAUGGCCGCAUUCGCAAUGAGACACGACGAGUGCAGCUGGUGGAGAAAAAGUCCGCCUCCUGUGGGAUGCUGGUGGUGAUUGUGUUGCUUCUCAUUGCGAUUGUCGUGGUGGCUGUGUGGCCGGUGUAGCCAGCGUGGAUGCCGACAUGCUUAGAUGACUUCUGGAUGAGGGAAUGGUAGGAUGCAAACGCAGAUGAAGACGUUCUCUCUUCGAGGUUGAUUUUAUUUAGAAUCCUUAACCUCAAGUAUGUGCAUCACGAAUAAAUCCAAGUUUCCCUUUUUUUUCCUCAGCAAUGUUGUCACUUUGUUAAUGGAGAUCCCAUCCAACGCUAUUCAGGUCAUCUUUUUUUUUUUUUUUUUUUUUUAAUGACAUUUACACUUCACAACGCCACUUUUCCUUGCUGAUUGUAUUUUAAUUCAAGAUUUUGUGUUUGCCAAGUGUAUCUUAAUGGACUUUUGUUUGAUUUAUCCGAAGAAGCGCAUAUAAAUCUAUAAUUAAAGACACCAAAAGGCCACAUAUUUUUCAGUGUAACAAGAGUUUAUUUGAAAAUCUGCCUUUCUACCAGGUUGGUAUAUUCAGUAGUUAUAAUUUUCCUUCUUGAAUUAAUGGGAACAGUCUCACCAAUGACGACACAUUUAAGAAAAAAAAAGGUGGGGAAAAAAAGAAAUCCACAAUGGCUUGUGUAAUUAAAUAUAUUCAUAUAUUUAUAUAUAAUAACCAUAAUAUAUUAGUACACAUUGUAAAAACAACAUUGCAAAAAAAGAGAAAAAAAG